UUAUAUCACUCGCCUCGCAUUUUUAGUUCCUACCUACCUAAUGAAAACGAGCUUAACUAUGCCUAUGGGUUGUGUGCUAUAUAAAGGUCACCAAGCUGUAGGUAAAUAUUAACCCUAAAAUAGAAGGUCACCCUCCGCAUCGCACUCGUGCGGGAACUAUUUUUACCACGUGCCCGCAGGCGCGACGCGGACAGACUCAAAUUAGGAUCUCAUCCUGGUAUUGUUCUGACGUGCCUGACGUGUUUCUUUAUUUCGUGAAAGGAUAAACCUUUUUUAUUCAAUAGAUACAAAUAUCACAGCAAUAAGGCUGCCUAUGCUUGCUAUUUUUGUGUUAAUACUAUAUAGUUACUUAUUUUUUGAUGUGCGAUAAAGAUUUUCAUUAAUUCAUGCAAAGAUACGAAUUGCAAAUACUGAUAAAGUUUAGAAAAUAACUAUCUAUUGGAUACGUUCACUAGUUUAGAUGAAAGUUUGCGUGAUUAGAUUGUUUAACAAUUGGGUUAAGGGGUGGGUUCAGUGAACUUUUUACGGGAUGCGCAGACGCAAACACCUAAAUAUAUUGCGUGACUAAUACUAAUGUAUGAAUGGUGAAAUGUUUCAACUCUCCUGAAUUUCCCGUCGGUUUCGGUAAAAACUUCAAAUAUUUCAUUUUGUGUAUGGACGCGGUCUCAUUCAAACACACGAACGGAAAUUCAGUUUCGAAAAUAUUUUUGUUUGUAAACAAUGACUCGAGGACCUACUAUAGUGCGAGUGGCUCCGGGGGGCGGUGGUGGUAAAGGAAUCAAGUGCUGCUGCUGCAGAUGUUGCGAGUGCAUCAACUUCGGGUAUUUGACUUCACAGCACGGCGUUAUAAAACUAGCUCAAGCCAUGCUAGGCGGUCUGUGUCAAAGCUUGUUAGUGAAGUAUGGGCUUUCGGAAGCUAGCAGCAUGGGCUCCGCGUUCCACGGCUUCCUCACCACCGCUUCUGCCUGCCUUCUCACCACAGCACUCCUCAUCACAUGCUAUGUGCUGUCAUCGAACUCACAACAUUUAAUACGUCAGUCGAUUUUUGAGACGGUAUUCAACGCUGUUGCCUGCUUUAUGUAUUUGUCGGCAUCGUCUUACAUGGGCGUUGCUGUGAACAUCUAUCUGUAUCCACGGUAUGCUCUCGUCAAUAUGUAUGCUGCCUAUCCCGCGAUGACUGCAGUAUAUUAUAUCGGCGUGAUCGUCGGCAUUCUACAUGGUGUGGACGCCUAUUUAUCGUAUAAAUAUCAUAAAGGACUACGAUGAGAGAUAAUUAAUUUAUUUAUAUAAUAUUAUUUUAUUUAUAAACCAAAUAACUAAUUAAUUACUAUACCUACUAUAUUAUGUCAGUUAAAUUAAGUAACUUUAAUAUUUUUAUAAGUAAUUAAGUCAUUCCUAACU